AUGGCCCAUACAUCUUUACCAUGGCGCCGUAGAGAAGCCAGUCGAGCCCGCGUGUCUACUCAUCACCAAGAUCCUGUAUCUUUACAAGUGGAUGCUCGCGAGGCCUCCCAGGGAACGAAACCUCUACCAUAUGGAACGCUGCUCCGAAAGAUUGAAGAUGGGAAGUUGUUCAAGUCUUCGGCCGAACCAAGGAUUACAGGUUGCAAUUAUCUAGCGUCAUACAGCUGGUCAGAUAAACCUUCACCAACUGUCCUUAUUUCAGGAAAACCCGCAGCGUGGAACCCUCCUACUACUGCCCGGCAGAUCAAGCCGGAUACAGGGGAAUACUUCCGGGAUCUAAACGCUGCUAGGUAUGCCGCACAUCCUAUGCAGCCAGCCGUGCAAGCGGUAUUACAUCAAAACCCUGUGCUUUCAGCCAGCGACGUCGAUAUCUUCACUUGCGCAAGCGUCCUCGGAAACCUGUCUCGAUUCGUCCGUGGGACGUUCGAGGACAGCAUUACGGGGCCAGACAUGGAGGAGCACAAUUUUCCUAGCUACCUUAACGAAGACGAGUCUGACUUAGACUACACGGCCUGCGAUGCCGAGGGCUGUGGCUACUGUGGCCAUUAUAAGUACUGA